AUGCAACAAGAACACAAAAUAAACGAUGAAGAUAUUAGUGAAAAAUUUCCGCAGUUUAGCGAGUUUGUGUCAACAUGUUUCCAUGGAAUUUGCACACGCAAACAAUUGUUCAAACGCAUCCCCGUCCUUCAAUGGUUACCAUCCUACAAGGUAGAAUAUCUGCUAGCUGACAUCGUGGCCGGUCUUUCCGUCGCACUCACAGUUAUACCUCAAGGCAUCGCUUACGCUGCUAUUGCAAACCUGGAUCCUCAGUAUGGGCUGUACUCGGCAUUUAUGGGAUGUUUCAUCUACUUCCUGCUGGGAAGCUGCAAAGAUGUGACCAUUGGACCAACCGCAAUAAUGUCACUCAUGGUUCAAGCUCACGUAGGAAACACGGGAGUGGAGUUCGCCAUACUGUCCGCUUUCGUCACGGGUUGCAUGAUUCUUUUGCUCGGUGUACUUAACCUCGGAUUUUUGGUACAGUUCAUCUCGUAUCCUGUGACGGCUGGAUUUACAUCAGCAGCAGCGAUAACGAUUGCGAGUGGACAGAUAAAAUCACUGCUUGGGAUUUCGGGUCAAUCGAACGAAUUUCUAGAGUCCUGGAUAAAUGUGUUCCAACAGAUACAGGACAUCCGAUUGUGGGAUAGCGUGCUUGGUGUGUCGACCAUCAUUAUUCUGCUGAUAUUAAUGCAGAUGAAGAACAUGAAGGGUAACAGUUGUUGGCGAAUGGUUGGAAAGUACAUCACCCUAUCAAGGAAUGCGAUUGCCGUGAUAAGUGGAUCUUUGCUGGCUUAUGUAUUGAGUGACGUCGGGAACGUACAGCCCUUUCUACUCACUGGAAAUGUAACUCCCGGAUUACCACCUUUUCAACUUCCACCAUUCACCACCAGUUUAGACGGCCAGGUGUUCAGUUUUACAGAAAUGAUUGCUGAACUCGGUACGUCCCUCAUAACGCUGCCGCUAAUUGCCAUUCUGGAAUCGAUUGCAAUUGCAAAGGCGUUUUCUAAGGGCAAACCCAUCGAUGCAACGCAAGAAAUGAUUGCACUCGGCAUAAGUAACAUUGCCGGUUCAUUUGUGUCGUCAAUGCCAGUCACAGGAUCGUUCACAAGAUCGGCAGUGAACAAUAACAGCGGCGUCCGGACACAGUUUGGCGGCAUAAUUACGGGUGCGGUGGUUUUGCUGGCCCUUGGAUUGCUUGCCGAAUCGUUCUACUACAUUCCCAAAGCUACACUAGCGGGCGUCAUCAUAGCGGCAAUGUUCUUCAUGGUAGAGUUUCGGGCGGCUGUCGAAAUUUGGCAUACGAAACGAGUGGAUAUUAUACCCAUGACAAGUACGCUGUUGGCCUGUCUACUGCUAGGGCUAGAGUAUGGUAUGCUUGUUGGUAUUGGAGUUAACGUAUGUAUCAUUCUGCAACAAAUAUCACGCCCAAUAGUUGUGCCUGUACGGUUGACAAUCGAUGGGACGGAUGUUCUGAUACUUCAACCCGAUCAAAGUUUAGUUUAUUCGUCGGCCGAAUAUCUCAAGUACCAUGUUCUGAAGCAGGCAAACAAAUAUCCAGAUGCAAUAAUUGUUCUGGACGGAUCACACAUCAGUUCGUUGGAUACCACGGUAGCGAAGGUGUUUGUCAGUAUGUCCCAGGAUGUGGAGCAUUCGAACCGUAGAAUAGUGUACUGGAAGUGGAAACGUCCGGCACAGUGCACGCUGCUCAGAAUGGAAAGAAAACUGUUUCAAAAUUUGUUUAGAAACGACGAAAACUUACAAAAAAUAAUUCAGGAAGGACUUUCAAAUCAACAAACUACCGUUGCAGUGUAG